AUGAGCAGUUUUAGGAAUAGGCAAGGCCUAAGGCUCAUCAGUUAUACCUCAAAGGUAGACAAACCAAAAGGCAAUGUCAUUCUUGUCCAUGGUGUUCGUUCCCACUUUAUCUCAGAAUUCUGUGCCUCAAAUUUUGAGUGGAACUUCAAACACCUGGGAUUCUCCAUGUUCCAAACUCCAGAUGAUAUAUUCUCACGAGAAACGAAGCAAAGUACCAACAAUAUUGUAUUGUACAGAGAGAUUUUUGAACAUGCCUAUCUGGACGGUAUGGAUGCCUUUGAGGUGGCUCCCAGAUAUGAGUAUAGGCAUAGCCUUGUGGAAUACCUUAACGGACUGGGCUAUAGUGUCUAUGGAUUUGAUUUGCAGUCUCACGGUCUCUCUGAAUCCAUCUCAGCACCAAGGUGUCAUGUUCGUAGCUACAAGGACUACAUUUAUGAUCUCUUGCAAUUCAUUAGCAUUGUAAAUAGAGGUAAAUUUGAUGAUCCUAGCGAAACUUUUGAUGAGCGUAGCCUCUACGAGAACACUCCUACAGAUAAAAAGAUAUUCCUGCUAGGAAACUCCAUGGGAGGCAACAUUGUCUUUCAAGCCGUUCAAGAGUUUUACAGGAAUGCAAAAGAGGGAACAAGACUGGUAGACGGCCUAAUUGGUACAUCUGCAAUGCUGAAUCUACUCUUCAACCUGGACACUUGGUGGAAGCAGUUGAUGAAAAAGAUGGAUAGUGUGAUUAUAUGGUUGUAUCCAGAAGACAUCAAUAGAUAUGAGCCACCCUAUGACUUUGGCAAGCUCUUUGAACUCUUCAUAAGAUACAAUGACCCCUUCUUUUACAACAAUAAACUGACUUACAAGGCCACAAGUCUGGUUUUUGAUGCGUGUGAUGACGUCAACAGGGAGGAUAAUAUUGCCAAUUAUCCAAAGGACUUACCUACACUGUUCACUCACUCUGUAGAUGACUUCUUUUGUGAUGUACAAGGCCCAAAGGAGAUGGCCGAGAAGCACCUAAAGGAUAGUGAUGUAGUCAAAUUUGUGGAACUAGGAGGAGCGUUUCACUACCUCACCAUUCCUCAUUCCAUCUUUGCAAUACAAAAUGCAGUAAAGGAAUGGUUGGAUCAGUACGCCUAG